UUUUUUUGUCACACUAUUAUUUUUCCGAGUUAACUCGCACAUGAUCAUUUUGGGCAUUCAUGUUGUUUACGAUUACUCGUUCAAAGAAGAUCGAAAACUUAUGUCGCUUUAAGAAAUUUUUUGCUGAAUUUGCUUUUAUUUGAAGGUCAUCGUUAUAGUAUUUGAUGUAAAUGUUUUAAAGUUGGAAUGUAAUUAGUACCAAUGGAGUUUCUACCAUAUCACCUCGAUGGAUUAACGCCGGAGUUGAUAAAGAAAGCAAAAAUAGAACUUGGGGAGACGUCUGAUGUCAGAAAACAGGCUUUGAUAUUCUUCAAACAGCUUAUAGAAAAUGAGCCAAAUUUUUAUCCCUUCAUGGAUGAUACUUUCUUCUUGAUGUUUCUUCGCUGCAAGAAGUACGACGUCCAGAAAGCUUUCAACUCAUUCUUAAAUUUCUAUCGCUUCAAGAAAAAAUACUCGGGAAUUUUUACAGACUUCUUGCCAUCUGAUUUAAGAAAAGUUAUGAGUAUGAACAGUUUUAAAGACUCCGAGCUCAGAACCAAGGAUGGUGGUAUAGUAGGAAUUUUACUAUUAGGUAAUCACAAAUGGGAGCAAGCCUCUAUCGAAGAUAUUGUGGCUACAAUACUGCAUAUUGGUCUAAUCACUUACAGAAGGGAGGCAACUCAAAUAUCUGGAGGUAGGAUCAUAAUAGACUUUCGGAAUGUUACAUGGCAUCAGUUUCUGACAUGUGCUUCGCCCACGAUGUUAGGAUUAGUCUUCAGUUCUGUGGAGAACUGUUGGCCGUACCGUCUAAAAGCUAUACAUCUAGUGAAUGAACCUAAAGCUUUUAGCCUAUUCUUCAGCAUGCUGAAAUUUGCCAUGCCGAAAAAGGUACAAGAAAGGUUCCACAUGCAUGGGAACGAUCUUGAUGGACUUCACAAAUAUAUUCCAACAGAAAUGCUGCCAGAAGAGCUGGAUGGAACGGCAGGACCCAUGGAUAAUACUGAAUAUUACAAAUACAUUCUCAGCCACGAAGAUCUUCUGAAAGAAAUGAACAAAUGUGGGUUUAAAAGUGAAAAAUGAAGAAUAGAGAUUAAAUGCAAAUAAACGUAACUAGGCAAAUGUAUUCUUUUAGUAUAUUUUUUCGUAUACUCACAAUAACAAAAUAAACAAGUCACAAUAACUAAAGCUGAAGGAUCCAAAUGUGCCAUAGGUACAACUUAACGAGGUGUCCAAUUUCAGUUACCUUUAGUACCACAAAAUGACAUAUUUUCAUGCCUUCAAAUAAAACUUUUUUUUAUAA